AUCGGGGCAGCGGAGGCCCAUCGGACGGCGGCCGGGUUGCUUGCGCUGCGGAGCAGUUCUGACCCGUCCAGAUUUUCAGGGGAAGCUUUGAGGGGAAACGCGGGCUGCGUUCCGGUUACCGGGGAGGUGCUGAAAUUCGGGCGUCAGGUUCUGGAGUCACCAGCAUGCACACGGCCGGGCUGGCGAGCGCUGGCCUGCACGUGCAGAGCUACCUGGCGCCGGUUGUCCCAACGUGGACAUCCCGGGAGGUCACUCUCCCCGGGCCCUGUCCUGGUGGCACAUGGGAGCUGAGGGCUCUGCCCUGUGACGUACAGUCCCCUUCCACGACGUUGGAGAGAAAGCCGGGCCUCGGGUCUGCGCCUGCAUAUUCCUACAGCUUCCCAGAGUCCAUGGACCAUGACUGGGGAGACAAACCAUGCAGGAAACACGUUCAAAAACGGUCCGUGUACCGCUAACUGCCUCCUGUGUUUGACUGCUUUGACGAGUUGCUUUCUUCUUACAGAACUUGCAUUUGACUGCAGCAGCGUUUGUGGGGAGAGCAAAGGAGCCAAGUGUGGUGUUUGGACAUCGAUGGUGGACAAGAAGAUGCCGCCCAAGCGCAUGGCCAAGAGAAGGUCACCCCCAGAAGAUGCCAUCCCCAAAAGCAAGAAAGUGAAGGACUCCCGUAACCAGGCGGUGAGAGCUGCAGCCUCCCGCCAUGUUCCUGGCGCCCACUCCGGCCAAGUCUCACACAGGUCCCACAGAACAGAAGCAGGCUUGGUGCUGACACUGGGCCAAGGCGACGUGGGCCAGCUAGGGCUGGGUGAGAGUGUGAUGGAAAGAAAGAAGCCAGCCCUGGUACCCAUUCCAGAGGAAGUUGUGCAGGCCGAGGCCGGUGGCAUGCAUACUGUUUGCCUAAGCAAGAGUGGCCAGGUCUACUCCUUCGGCUGCAAUGAUGAGGGCGCCCUGGGAAGGGACACGUCUGCGGAGGGCUCAGAAACAGUGCCCGGGAAGGUGGAGCUGCAAGAGAAGGUGGUGCAAGUGUCCGCCGGAGACAGCCACACAGCAGCCCUCACCGAGGAUGGCCGCGUCUUCCUGUGGGGAUCCUUCCGGGACAACAAUGGUGUGAUUGGGCUGCUGGAGCCCAUGAAGAAGAGCAUGGUGCCCGUGCAGGUGCAGCUGGAUGCUCCUGUGGUGAAGGUGGCUUCAGGAAAUGACCAUUUGGUGAUGCUGACGACCGACGGCGACCUCUAUACCUUGGGCUGCGGGGAGCAAGGCCAGCUGGGUCGUGUGCCUGAGUUAUUUGCCAACCGUGGUGGCCGGCAGGGUCUGGAGCGACUCCUGGUCCCCAAGUGUGUGCUGCUGAAAUCCAGGGGAACCCGGGGCCACGUGAGAUUCCAGGAUGCCUUCUGUGGUGCCUAUUUCACCUUCGCCAUCUCCCGAGAGGGCCACGUGUAUGGCUUCGGCCUUUCCAACUACCAUCAGCUUGGAACCCAAGGCACAGAGUCCUGCUUCAUACCCCAGAACUUGACAGCCUUCAAGAACUCCACCAAGUCCUGGGUGGGCUUCUCAGGGGGUCAGCACCACACGGUCUGCAUGGACUCUGAAGGAAAAGCAUACAGCCUGGGCCGGGCUGAAUAUGGGCGACUGGGCCUGGGUGAGGGUGCCGAAGAGAAGAGCGUCCCCACCCUCAUCUCCAAGCUGCCUGCUGUCACCUCCGUGGCCUGUGGGGCCUCUGUGGGCUAUGCUGUGACCAAGGAUGGUCGUGUCUUUGCCUGGGGCAUGGGCACCAACUACCAGCUGGGCACAGGGGAGGACGAGGACGCCUGGAGCCCCGUGGAGAUGACAGGAAAGCAGCUGGAGAACCGUGUAGUGUUGUCUGUGUCCAGCGGUGGCCAGCACACAGUCUUGUUAGUCAAGGACAAGGAACAGAGCUGAUGAAGCCUCUGGGGGCUGGCCUGGCCCUCGCCCACCCUCGUGGAACAGACGCGGUGACAACUCCAGAUCCCAGCAGGCCCCUCCCCAGCCCUGAGCACUGUUAUCGCCUGCCAUUUCCCCAUCAGCAGAACAGAAUCCUUUUUCUCUU